GAGCCCGCGAUGCCACACCGCUGACAUCUUACCGUAGCUASAACUCGACGCGAUUCAAAGAAACAGAUUCCUGCACUUUAAGAUUUGUUCAGAGAUCGCAUUAUGGGACAAUUGAGUAGCUGUUUUUAYUGUUCAUGUUGGACCAACUGCUUCUGUUGUCGAUGUGAAAAUGGAUCAACGCCGCCUAGAUAUGCCCGGUAUACGGCCGAUAGCGACGUUGACUACGAAAAAUUGAUCGGUGAUUUGUUGGAAUUGGACCCSAUUCAAUUCGAUAAAGAAACUGGCACUGCAAAAAUUAAUACAUGGAUUGAAUCAAUUAUACCUAUAGCUGGAUUACCACAGAGUUUUACCGCCGUAAGUCAAGCUAAAUGUAUUAAAUAUUGGCAGGCAAUUCAGAGUAAACCGGCCGCUAAGUUAAGUGGUUCGUACGUGAGGUUCUCGUUCGAAAAGCGGYCAAAUGGUGAACUACCUCGAUUACUGAUUGAACAUAAAGGAAAAUCCGUGAUAGUGCGAAGUCCAAGAGAACACUCGAAGUUAACGGGACAAGGGUCGUACCCUGAAGUAAAUGUCUGAUAGCUUGAGAUACAUGACAGAUAAAAAAAUUAUUAUAGACAUCGAAACAGACUGACAGAUGGCGUCUGCUACACAAAAGAUUUUAUUCCAAAAGAUGGUAUUUAUGUUUAACAUCAUCUAGUCACCUACCACGUCUUCUUCACAAUUCCAAUUUACUUGAAUUUAAAUCUAUUUAUUAGUAAUUAACUAAAUAUGGCCCUUUUACAACAAAAAUGCAAGGUUUAUAUGGUUAAAACAGCGCUAGAAGGAAGUGAAAUGUAUUCGAAAUUCGAAUUUAAUUGAAUGUAGGUCACGGUAUCUUAAUUGAAAUGAAAACACAAUAAAAACUCUCGAUUAAAACAAAAGAAUUUGGUGGACGAAGAAGAGAAAUGUCAAAAAUGUUCAAGAAUCUGUUCAAAUGGUGUCAGUUUCGUAUUAAAAAUUUACAUAUUUUGUAGACAAAAAUCCUUCACAAGAAAAGAAAUGCACUAGAAUGGCUUUCUAGUUUAAAAUAUGUUUUCUUUUUAAUGUUUAUGGAUCACUUCACUUGAGUGGCUGAAAACAAGAAAACACUCAAAAAUCAUGUAUAUUUUAGAUCAAAUAGUUCACAUUCUCUAAAAGAAACAAUGUUUUUGAAGUAAAACCAAUASUCAAUUUGGCUUGGUGAUGCUAAACUCCUUUUAGGUCACUAACAAAGUCAUUAAUUAAUUUCUUUGAAGCAAUAAUUCCACCUGUAAAAUUGGCGAGGGUUCGCACUAUUAUUUGACUACAUUAUGGAUCAACCAUGAGAAAAAAGAUGGAGGGAGGGGUAAAACAGAACAAUUCCUUCAUGCCACAACCACACAUACAUUGUACAAAUAUACUUGGCAGCCCAGAUUUACUCUUAGAUGCAAAAAAAUCAAUUUCCAUUAUAAUCCCUUUUCUAAUGGUAGACCCAUCCAUUAUCUAUUUUUAAUGUUAAUUAAAGAAAGAACAGUUUUAUCAGAUAACAACUAAAAUAUAGAUUAUAAUUAUUAAAUUUUACAAGUUCAAACAGAGAGAAACCAAUGGAUUKUUAGAUUAUCAUGACCAAUAACCAUUAAUAGAAAAGAAAUGUCUAGACUCUGUGCAAAAAAAAGAAAUUGCAUAUAAAAUAUUGCUAAAAUAGUAUUAUAAUAUGCAGUGUUGAUUGGCAUCUGUCGACAAUGGUACUUAAAAGUCUUGACAAUGUACAGUAAUGUGAUCCUGUCUCUACUUAAUUAACAGGCAAUUGCAAUCAUAAAAUCCUUGUAGGAUUUUUUUUCAAACAAAAAACARCCAAACAAAGAUAUGAUCUUCUUAUUUUAAAACAGUUUGACACUUAGUUAUUGGAGACAGGAUCCUACUGUACUAGUGUAAAUAUUAGCUUUUUUACUUCCUUUUCUUGUAAUUGUUUUGAUUAAUAACAUCCUUCAAACCUGUUCUGUAAUUAUUCUUUGCUGUCAAACUUUAGCUAUAGUUAGUGAACACUUAGUCUUGUAAUAAUAUUAAUAAGGUGUUUUAAAUACUGUGAAAAUAUAAAUAAUUCUUCUAA